UCCCGGUGGAACUAACCUACAAUAUCUGUCGUAUUUUUAUUAAAAUUUCAUUGAAAUUAAACGAAAAGUGAGGAAAUUGGUACCACAAUACUAACAAUGUAUAAGUUAUAAUUAGAGAUAAUUGUUAAUGAUACAACACAGUAGAAGCAGACGCUGAUAAAAUGCUGCCUCCAAAAUUACUGACAUAAUUAUUUACAUAAUCUCCAAAAACAAGGAAAUAAAAUGAGCAGCUUAGCCGAAAAACCAACACUCAAUUGGAAAGAAUUCGUUUGCGGGUGGGGGGCGGCGUUUAUCAACGUAACUGUAACUUAUCCGAUUAAUAAAAUUAUAUUUAGACAGAUGUUGCACGGGAUAAAAGCAAAGAAAGCGUUCUAUCAGCUGCACGGCGAGGGUAUUUUUUUCCUGUACAGGGGCAUCCUGCCGCCGCUAUGUCAGAAAACUUUGUCCUUGUCUAUAAUGUUUGGGGUUUACGAGCAGGUCCGGCAGCCUCUGGUCGAGACGGGCGUAAACCGGUAUAUGGCAAAAGCGUUGGGAGCUUUAAUUUCAGGAACGACCGAAGCCGCCCUAAUGCCGUUCGAGCGGGUUCAAACGUUAUUACAAAACGCCCAUUACCACGACGAAUUCAAAAACACUUUUCACGCAUUUAAAGCGCUCCGAUCGUACGGACUGGUCGAGUAUUAUCGAGGCCUCGUUCCCAUCUUGUUAAGGAACGGUCCGUCCAACAUUGGGUUCUUCAUAGCACGGGAGGAGCUCCAGAACUGUAUGCCGAAAUACGAUAACGAAUUUAUAAGGACGUCUACCGAAUUCAUGUGCGGCGCUCUGAUAGGUGUCGUACUGUCGAGCAUUUUCUAUCCUUUGAAUGUGUUGAAAGUGGCCAUGCAAAACAAGAUCGGGGGCGAAUUCGAGAAUCCCGUUAAAGUAUUCGUACAAAUUUACAGGGACAGGGGCUGCAAGGUUAGGUAUUUUUAUCACGGCGUUCAGAUGAACUGCGCCAGGGCUUUUAUCAGCUGGGGGGUGAUGAAUACCGCUUACGAACACAUAAAGGCUGUUAUCUAUUAGAAUAUUUAAAAUUCCGUUUCUAGUGCAAUUUGUUGAACUUGUAAAAUAUUUUUAUAAUUUUGUUUUAAUUUUUACGUUACAGUUUUCCAUGCAUCCAUACAACUCAAAAACGCAAAAAAAAGUGAAAACGCGCUUCUAAAUCAAACGAUGAUGUCACUAUGCAAAUUUAAAACCGCAUCUGGUGCUAAUUUUUAUUGUCGAACCUGUACAAUAUUUUUAUAAUUGUUUUUCCAUUUUGUCUGUCUUGAUUUG